CUGGGGACACUGGGGGGCACUGGGGGGCCUUGGGGACACUGGGGGACACUGGUGGGCACUGGGAACACUGGUCCCGGCCCCCUCACGCUCUCUCCCCCCCCAGGUCCGGCCCGGCGCCUUCAGCCGCCUCCGUCACCCGCCCCGGCCGGGCGCCUGUUUCUGUCUACUCAUCCCCCGCCCUGUGUCCCCCCCUGUCCCCCCUGUCCCCUGCUGUCACCCCCCUGUCCCCCCGUCCCCUGCUGUCACCCCCCGUCCCCCCUCUGUCCCCUGUCCCCCUGCCAUCCCCUGCCAUCUGCUGCCGUCCGCUUCCGUCCCUGUCACCCCUGUGUCCCCCCGCUGUCCCCUGCCAUCCCCCGCCAUCCCCCGUCACUGCCACGUCCCCCGCUGUCCCCUUGCUCUCCCCGUGUCCCCCGCUGUCGCCUGUCGUCACCCGUCCCCCCCACAUCCCCCGCUGUCCCCUGCCGUCACCUCUCCCCCCGCCUGUCCCCUGCCGUCCCCCUGCUCUCCCCCCAUCCCUGCACCCCCCGCUGUCCCCUGUCCCCCGCGUCCCCCCGCUGCCCCUCGUCCCCCCCGUGUCCCCCCCGUCCCCGCGUCGCCUCCCUCCGUCCCCCCAUCGCUGCUCCCCCCCCGCCGUCCGUCCCUGCCGCUCUCCCGCCCCUUCCCCGUCCGCAGAACCCUCCCGCCGCUCCCCGUCCCCGUCCCCGUCCCCGUCCCGCGUCCUCCGCCCGUCCCUCUGUCCCCAGCCCCCCCUCGCCCCCCCUCCGCCCGGCCGGGACCCCCGCGCCGGGGCCGCCCGCCCCCGCCGCCGGGCCGCGAUGAGGCAGGGCCCCCGCGAGCAGAGCGCGGCCCAGGUGGCGGCACAGGCGGCAGCACAGGCGGCGGCGGCGGCGAGAUGAGGGGCCGGGCGGGCGGCCCCACGGCGGCGACGGCGACGAUGCUGCUGGCGCUGGCGCUGGCCUGCGCCGGGCCCUGGCUGGAGCCGCGACCGGAGGCGCCGGCGCCGCCGCCGCGCGCCCUCAACGUGGCCGUGGUGCUCAGCGGGGCGGCCUACGGCCCCGGCGACGCCCGCCUGGGCCCCGGCGCCUUCGGCGGCCUGCCGCUGCCCGUCAACGCCGUGCCGGUGCUGCUGGACGACGCCAACCCGCGGAGCCUCAUCGUGCGCCUCUGCGACGCCCUCUCCUCGCUGCCCAUCCACGGCGUCGUCUUCGAGGACGACUCGCGCUCCGAGGCCGUGGCCCACGUCCUCGACUUCGUGGCCGCCCAGACCGCCGUGCCCAUCAUCGGCGUCGGCGGCGGCUCCGCCAUCGUCCUCACGCCCAAGGAGAAGGGCUCGACCUUCCUGCAGCUGGGCUGCUCCACGGAGCAGCAGCUGCAGGUGAUCUUCGAGGUGCUGGAGGAGUACGACUGGACGGCCUUCGCCGUCGUCACCACCCUCUUCCCCGGCUACGAGGACGUCGUGGACUACGUGGAGGUGCUCACCGACAGCAGCUUCGUGGGCUGGGAGCACCGCGGCGUGCUGACGCUCAACCUCACCGACGACCCCGGGGGCUCGCGCCUCCAGCGCCAGCUGCGCGAGGUCAGCGCCCAGAUCCGGCUGCUCUACUGCUCGCGGGAGGAGGCGGAGGCCGUCUUCCGGGCGGCCCGCGACGCCGGCCUCACCGGGCCCGGCUACGUCUGGUUCGUGGUGGGCACCAACCUGGGCGGCGCCGAGGCCCCACCGGAGCACCUGCCCGCGGGGCUCUUCGCGGUGUUGUCGGCCAGCUGGCGCGACGACCUGCACCGCCGGCUGCGCAACGGCGUGGCCAUCGUGGCCAAGGGCGCCGAGGCGCUGCUGCGCGACCACGGCUUCGUCCCCGAGUUCGGCAACGACUGCCGGGCCCCCAACGUCACCCAGGCCAACGGCAACCUGCACCGCUACUUCAUGAACGUCACCUGGGGGCAGAAGGACUUCUCCUUCAACGAGGACGGCUACCUCGUCAACCCCUCGCUGGUGGUCAUCUCCCUCAACAAGGAGCGCAGCUGGGAGGUGGUGGGGAGCUGGGAGCACCGGGUGCUGCGGAUGAAGUACCCGGCGUGGUCGCGCUACGGCCAGUUCCUGCAGCCGGAGGCCGACGGGCGGCACCUCGCGGUGGCCACGCUGGAGGAGCGGCCCUUCGUCAUCGUCGAGAGCGUCGACCCGGCCACCGGCUCCUGCAUCCGCGACUCCGUGCCCUGCCGCCGGCAGCUCAACCGCACCGACAGCCGCCCCGCGGAGCCGGCGCUGGUGGAGAAGAAGUGCUGCAAGGGCUUCUGCAUCGACAUCCUCAAGCGGCUGGCGCGCGCCGUGGGCUUCACCUACGACCUCUACCUGGUCACCAACGGCAAGCACGGCAAGAAGAUCGACGGCGUCUGGAACGGCAUGAUCGGCGAGGUGUUCUACCGCCGGGCCGACAUGGCCAUCGGCUCGCUGACCAUCAACGAGGAGCGCUCCGAGAUCGUGGACUUCUCCGUGCCCUUCGUGGAGACCGGCAUCAGCGUCAUGGUGGCGCGCAGCAACGGCACCGUCUCCCCCUCCGCCUUCCUGGAGCCCUACAGCCCGGCCGUCUGGGUGAUGAUGUUCGUCAUGUGCCUCACGGUCGUGGCCGUCACCGUCUUCAUCUUCGAGUACUUCAGCCCCGUGGGCUACAACCGCAGCCUGGCCGCCGGCAAGCGCGCGGGCGGCUCCAAGUUCACCAUCGGCAAGUCCAUCUGGCUGCUCUGGGCCCUGGUGUUCAACAACUCGGUGCCGGUGGAGAACCCCAGGGGCACCACCAGCAAGAUCAUGGUGCUGGUCUGGGCCUUCUUCGCCGUCAUCUUCCUCGCCAGCUACACCGCCAACCUGGCCGCCUUCAUGAUCCAGGAGGAGUACGUGGACACCGUCUCGGGGCUCAGCGACCGCAAGUUCCAGCGCCCGCAGGAGCAGUACCCGCCGCUCAAGUUCGGGACGGUGCCCAACGGCAGCACCGAGAAGAACAUCCGCAGCAACUACCCCGACAUGCACAGCUACAUGGUGAAGUACAACCAGCGCGGCGUGGAGGACGCCCUGCACCACCUGAAGACGGGGAAGCUGGACGCCUUCAUCUACGACGCGGCGGUGCUCAACUACAUGGCGCGCAAGGACGAGGGCUGCAAGCUGGUGACCAUCGGCUCGGGCAAGGUGUUCGCCACCACGGGCUACGGCAUCGCCCUGCAGAAGGGCUCGCGCUGGAAGCGCCCCGUCGACCUGGCCCUGCUCCAGUUCCUCGGCGACGACGAGAUCGAGAUGCUGGAGCGGCUGUGGCUGUCGGGGAUCUGCCACCACGACAAGAUCGAGGUGAUGAGCAGCAAGCUGGACAUCGACAACAUGGCCGGCGUCUUCUACAUGCUGCUGGUGGCCAUGGGGCUGAGCCUGCUGGUCUUCGCCGGGGAGCACCUGGUGCACUGGCGGCUGCGGCACUGCCUGGGCCCCCCGGGCCGCCUCCACUUCCUCCUCGCCUUCAGCCGGGGCAUGUACAGCUGCUGCGGCGGCGAGGAGGCCCCGGGGCCGCCGCUGCCCUCCGUGACGCCGCCGGGCUACGGGGCGCGUGGCGCGGGGGGGCCGCCGCCCCCGGGGACGCCGCCCCCCCCCGCCCUGCCCACGCCGCCCCGCGACCGCCGCCGGCCCGGCCGCAGCCCCCCGGCGCGACGCGGUGCCACCGCCGCCGCCGUCGUCCCCGUCCCCGAGCGCCUGGGCCCCCGCGGCGAGGCCCUGCACCGCUUCUACGGCCCCAUGGAGCCGCAGGGGCUGGGGGGGCCGCGCUCGCCGCCCGCCCCCGCGCCCCCCCCGGCCCCCUGGCCCCGGCGCUCCCUGCGCGGCCUCCGCGAGAGCCUGGGGGGCCCCGAGGCGCCCGGCGCCUACGCCCGCCUGGCCUACGAGGACGAGCGGACCCCCCCGCCGCCGCCCCCGCCCCCGCCGCCGCCGCCGACCCCCCCGCCGCCGCCCCCCCUCCGCGAGCGGCCCCGGCGGCCCCGGCGCGACGCCGACCCCGAGGCCCAGCCGCUGCUGCGGCCGCCCCGCGCCUGCUGCCACCGCCACCGCCGCCGCCGCUGCCGCCACCGCUGCCACCACCGCUGCCACCACCGCUGCCACCACCCGCCGCCGCCCUGGGGCGACGGCGCCGCCGAGCUCUCCGACUCCGACUCCGACUCCGACUCCGACGGCGCCGAGCCGCCCGGCCCCCCCAGCCCGCCCCACGCCUGCUGGCUGGGCCCCGCCGAGUGCCCGUGCCGGGAGCGCCGCGCCGUCCCCGUCCCCGUCCCCGUCGCCGUCACCACGCCGCCGCCGCCGUCGCGCUACUGGUCGUCGGAGAAGCUGGCGGCCUGUCCCGGCUGCCGGAGCUGCUCCGAGGAGCGUCCGGAGCGGCGGCGGGACUGGGAGCAGCGGCGCUGCGGCCCCCGCGGCUGCCGCCACCGGCCGCCCUGGGCCUCGCCGGCGGGAGCCUGGCCGCCGGCCUCGCGCAGCCUCGAGGACCUGAGCUGCGGCGGGCGCUGGGGGACCUGGGUCCCCUCCCCGCCGGCCCCGGCGGCCCCGGCCCGGCGCGGCACCGAGCUGGGCGCCCGCCGCGGCUCCGCUCACUUCUCCAGCCUCGAGUCGGAGGUAUGACCCGGCCGGGGACGCCGCCGGGGACGCGGCCGUGGCGCCUCGCCUUCAUGGGGACAUUGGGGACGCCAAGGACCUGGACGUGGCGCCUCA